GUCGAUGAUGCGGAUUUGCUGUUCGUUCUAAUGAUCAUGUAUCAGCUUAAAACUUGUCUUUUCAUUUUGUAUUUCUCCGAUGGUAGUACGAGAGAGUUCUUGUAGCAUCAAGACAGCACGUGCACAAUGGUUGGCGUCGUGAUCGUCUCUAGAGAGUCUCCUGCUGCAUUCGCUGGCUGCUCAAUCUCUUGUAGUAGAGAUAUGCAUAUGUUGUGUCGCCGGUGAGUCAGCUGUCGUGGCGUGACCAGACCUUCCCACCUGCAAAACCGGUACCCCGACCAGAACUUUGCAAAGUUGGUGCUUUGGCCAGAGCUGUACUCGAAUAUGAAGGGCCGAAGCAAUAGGCUGCAGCUCCAUCUGCUCGGCAGAGAGCAAUCUCUCUUGCUCGUGGGCAAUAGUGCCGCGUCGAGCAGCUCAGCAUGUGGUACUAUAUCUUGUUCAGCGGCGGAACAAAGCAGGAAUAUCAUGGCGACACCUUGUUGUUCACCAGAGAACGGGCAAGGAAAAUGGAUGACGGCGUCGAGGUCCCUGUCGUUCGUUGCCACAAACACUGGUCGCGGUCUUCUUUCUCGUUCUCGUCCAGCACUCGUGAACCCAUAUCAUGGGGAUAAGCCCGAAUGGAUGACGGAUGUCUCGCAUCCUAUCACUAUGUUAAGACUAAAAGCUGUAAUUCAUCUCCUUCUGCAUGGGGUUUCUUUGUUUUCCCAUGGUUCAGUGUCCCAGUUUUGUUCUUCUUGGAUUCUGACUGAGACUUCUAAUAUGAACUCUGUUCUUUGUCCCGGUUGUGUCCUACUUGGAUUCUGACUGAGACCACGACCCAGAACUUGGCUUCUGCUUGAGAGAAUCUUUGUAAAAAGAUGAAUUACUGUGGUUGUAAGCGCUAAUUAUGGUUUCCCCGAAAUUUCUCCGCAUGUGGCAACCUAAAUCCUUACUGCGAGGCAACCUAUUCCGACGACCACCGCCCGAUCUACUAGAUAGUCGUUACGCGAAACGCGCUCUCAUGGUGAAAGCGAGUCCUGGACGCUUGCUGAAGCUGUAUGAGGUGUAUUUAAGGCACAUGAUUAAUACUUCUGCUCUCUAAGGAAAAGAAUGGUUCCGGUAUUUGGUAAAAACCUGAAUUUGAUCACAAGGAUUCUCUUCUUGUUUUCCCUCAUGAUCCAAAUCAAGCUACUGAAUACCAGAACAAUACGAAGGAGAAGAUUGGGACUGAGAUUUUUGCACAAGAACUAUAUUAUAGAGAAAGCGCAAGUGGUUAAUGAUCAUUCUCCUAUUGCUGCUGGGUAGACGUAGAAGAUAGGGUCUCAAGAAGAGAAGCACCUACCACAGGACCGGGAGAAGUUCGUUUCAUAGUACUUAGUUCAUUCUGCAAUCCUCGUCCUCUUCCUUGAUCCUGCUUUAAUCCCCGACCGCAAAAGUGACUGUGUGGACAGUCGUUUUUUGGUCAGAGUCUUCUGCGUCCUGGGCCAAAGUGUCGCGCAUCCCAAUGCAUUUUUCGCAACGGCCGACCGACAACGUAUUUUAAGAUCUCACUUUAUCCAUCUUCUAGCCCAUCUGUAAACUGUUUUCAAAUAGAAAAAUUAUGGACGCAAACGAAGUCAAGAAUGUCCAAGAUGGAUUGUAAUUGGUUCUAAGUAUCGUUGCACACGCGCAUUUCAAGCGACUGUGUGCUGACAUUGCUAGUCGCAAACACGAGAUCCGAGCAAAGGAAGUGCCGCAGCUUUUGUUCUCCAUGGCAAUUUUAGAAUACCGGUUUUGGCAGAUUGGCGAAAUGCUUCUGUUGUCGGUGGAGAACAACUUGGAAAAGUAUCGGUUUGAGACGCUGGCUACGGUGAUUUAUUCGCUGGCGUCGUUGAAUGUGGGAACCUAUGGAGGAGGAGGACGAGAAAAUGAAAGGAACGUGAAUGUUAUAAUUAAGGCUCAACUUUCAAUGGUCACUGGGGUUGGUCACUGAGAUCGAAGAGGCGACCCCUUGAGGAAAGAUGGGGGAAAACGAAGGGAAAGGGGAGAGCUUUGAAGGGGGUCGCUUCCGUUCAGAGUCAGUGACCAAUGAAUUCUGCGCUUUAAUAUAAAAGAAUCUACUUCGCAGUCGUGGUUUGGUCCAGAGGAGAUGGCGCCAGAAACGGGAGAGAGUCCUGGCAUGGGAAAAGCUACGGCCAAGAAUUUUGCCGGAUUAUUUGAGCGCUGUGUAGCGGAGAUCGCCAAAUUCUUGCCACAGGAUGAGUUUGGUCGGUUACCUUCUGCUUCAGAAGCAACAUUCAAAAGUGGAAUGCGUACUGGACAGGAUGUUGACGCGAGUUCUUUCGUUAUGACGUUCAAAGUGUAGUAGUGCUCAUAGUAAUUUUUAUGCUCAGAAAACAAGUAGCUAGUUGUUUGUUCCCACGUAUUCUCAUACCACCGAAAUCGGUUUUCGAAAUUAGAAUUGUUCCUUGAGAAGUAUGACUACACUUUCAUCUCCCUAUCCUUUCAUAUUCCUGUCGGAAGAAGAAGCGCAAUUUUGGGGACAAGUGAUGUGGUCUUGCGUAAUGGUGCAACACUGGGAUCGGAAUCUACCUCUCUUCAUGCAGGCAGCUUGUGCAGGCGUACGAGAUCGAGAGCAUCUGGAUGCAUGCGGAUGGCUCGGAUACUACAUCUAUUAUGCGUCCGAAUCAGAGUUUUUCUUCUUCCUUGCUUUCGGUUUUCAAGGCAGUUCUUUCCGUUAAUUGAGGCUAGAAGAAAUCCAUCUUCACAGGCAUCCUGAGACCGUUUUCAAGGGGAGAAAGGUCCUCGGAUGCGUCUCAAGUAGGAUUUCUCUUAGAUCUAACUUAUACAAGUUUUUCUUCUUCCUUGCUUUCGGUUUUCAAGGCAAGAACAGAAAAGUGCAGCAAGUGGAGUAUAGUUGUCAUAGUAGAAGAAAUUUGAGUUUAUUAAGUAUACAACUUUUGGAAGUCUGCUCCACAUGAUGAUCUUCUAGGAACUGUCUCAAAUAACACAAUAAAGUGUGUAUUAUCAUUAAGGCUCUUCAUAAAAAUCUUCAUCUAACUUGCUCAAACUCUGUAUUGUUGCGACGUGCUCCAGCCGAGACAGCCUAGCAGAAGCGUGAAAGAGGUGCUGAGCUAUCAGCUUCGAGCCUUCCCUGGUGCAGUGGAGGAAACGCCUGAGAUGACCGAGAGGAGAAACGCCGGUCGACGUCGAAGGAAGUGGGGUAGACGUACCAAGCGAUCCGCGGCAGCCUCUAGUGAGUGUGCCAGUAGUGGUGCGACGACACUAGAGUUAAGAGUAGGUUAAAGGUGCUUUUCUUACCGCUUUUUAUGCCUCUCUCCCUUAGGAGGAGAAAGGCAAAAGAUGAAGUGGGGUAAGCGAGCACCAAAAACCUACCUCUAAUAAAGGCUGAAGAUGAGAUUUUUGGCGAUCAUCAGAGUGGAGUGGAUAGGGAGGCACGAGGACCUUCAUCAUCGAUGAGUGAAGAUGGAGUGGCUAAUGCAGAAGUGGUUAAUGCAGAAGGUGCGUCUUCGAAGCUGGCUCUUGAUGGAGCAAACGUCGAUGACCAAAAUGAUGAAGCAAAGAGCUCAAAAACGUCAACUAGAAGUCCUUCAGAGAUGAACAAAUCUUCUGGAGCCUCUUCUUUUUCUGCAAGGGUCGAUGUCGACGAUGCUGGAGGUUCAUCUGAUAACAAUUCUUCAUCAAGCGUCAACCUCGACGAGGCUGCUUCCGCUGAAGAUCCGGAGGAUGAGGAGGAUCUCCAACGCAACAUCGAAAUCGAGACGAAGCGAAUGUGUCCGAUGUGGAUGCAAGAGCGGCUACACGAAUUUUGGCUUGACGGGACCCUUCUGAAGGCUCAGCCACAAGGAAGCGACGAACUCCAAUUAGACGUCGAGCGAGCGCUGAAUCGGACACGGACUCAGUUACGAUGCUACUUACUUCAUAUAACUGAGUCCGGACGGACUCAGUUACGAUGCUCCUCAGCUUUCGCUUUUACUCAUAUAACAGAGUAGUUUAUAGCACCCAUGGUGCAUGGAGUGCAUGGAGCGCAGAGCUUUAAGGGGCGCAAGAAGCUCCCCCUUUAGCUCCAUGCUACUCCAUGUGAUCCAUGCACUCCAUGCCAUGCGAGCUAUAAAACCUUACGAAUUACUCUGAUAUAAUACAUGCUUAGAAGAAGAGAACGGAACAUCAAAGGUGAACAACAAGGGAGUUGUACUUACAUCAUUAUACAAGGAUGAACUUUCGGUACUACUAUCAACUCUAACUGAAGCGUCGAUCAAUACCAGAGUUGUACUUACAUCAUACAAGGAAACAUUAGAAUUCUCUAUAAGUCUCUCAAUGGUUUUGGACUCGUACUUACGUUCCAAGUAGAAGUCCAAAUUAAUAGGAUCAAUUACACAAUUAUAUAUCGCUGACAUCAACUCUAACUGAAGCGUCGAUCAAUACCAGUGUGGGACGGCAAACAGACGAUCAGCACUGCUUUUUUGCGGGACACUUGCUAAAACCAAACAUUGCCAUCGAAUAUAACGCUUCUUUUAUGACAAACAGUUGCAAUACCGCUAUACUAAGUGCUCCUUCAUCCUCCCUCAUCCUCCCUCAUCCUCCCUCAUCCUCCCUCAUCCUCCCUCAUCCUCCCUCAUCCUCCCUCAUCCUCCCUCAUCCUCCCUCAUCCUCCCUCAUCCUCCCUCAUCCUCCCUCAUCCUCCCUCAUCCUCCCUCAUCCUCCCUCAUCCUCCCUUCCCUCCUUCAUCCUCCCUCCCCUCGGCCCGAACCGUCCGCAUCCGACAGGCUUUCUGCAUUUGAAACAACAGAUGUUUGCGAAGUUCGGAGUGCGGACAGCGACGAUCCAUCGCAUUUUCUGGGAGAGACUGUCCGACGAUGAAAAGGACGAACAAAUCCUGAGACUGAGAGCGCAGAUGGGUUACGUACACGUCCGCAAGAUGGACGGUCGGGAAAUCGUGCAGGCGCCGGAAGUUAUGGUCAAAAAAUCAGUGAUUCUAAAUCACAUGAUAAAAAACAGAUUUAAUUUAAAUCACACGAUAGAUACCUCUUGUUCUUGACACACCGUAAGGAGCCACAAUUCUGCAACAGCCCACAGGGCUGUACUAGUACAUCCCCCAGAAGUGGAUCAUCCUUUUCGUACGAUACCUCUUGUUCAGGCACAUCGGGAUGAAUGAAGCGAUCAACUUGAGGACUUAGUGUCUCGGUGUAGAUUCUAGCGUCGUUGACUCUUUGUCUUACUUUAAGCUGAUUCAACUUUAAGCUGAUUCAACAAGAUUCAAAAGUUUAAAGUUUUUUGGCGUACGUUCUCAGGUAAAUUGAUGAUGAUACUAGCUCCUAUUAGCUCUAAACCAUGUAAAAACAGCACAACAUCGCAGGAGCAUGGUUUGUUGCUGCCUGGCGCUCCAGAGAACGAUCCGAAUCGACCAGGAGCCAUCAAGAAAACGGAUGGGCGUGCUAGAUUCACCCAAGAUAAGCCUACGAGGAAAGGCUACAGACCCAAAGAGAGGAAGAAACUGAAGUGAGGAAAUCGAUGAGGUGCCGAAAGAACAUUGUAGUGUUGGUCUUCGUUGUUCUUUUAGAACAAGAUUUGCUUCUCGCAAGAACCUUGGAUAACAUCACUUCCGAAAAAAUUGAACUUGUUUGAAUAAUUGAAUCUUCACAUUGAGAAGCAUUCACCAAGCACAGGUGAGGGUGACAAUAAAAAUAUAAGCCAUUCUUCCUCUACUGACGUAACUUCAACUUGAAUGGACGACACACAUAAUGAUCAUGGUACCUGCCACCGCAUACAGUUUAUCCUUAUUUUUGGUCGAUUUGUUCUUCUUCUUGGCCUGGAAAAACCUCUACUUUUACGUCUCAGCAGCCAGCUGAAGAAGCGUCUGUAGAUGCGAAAGGCAAUAACUGCGUUGUUGAGAUCCAUAAAAACUGCGCAC